CUUACUACCGGCACCCCUCAUUCAUUCAUUGACAUCCCCCCACCUUCUGUACCUGGUGAAGGAUGAGUGGAGAUAACAGUCAAAACGACUCACAGAUUGACCCGAAUUUUCGAGCGAACGACUCCCAUAAACAUAAGAAAGACAAGGAGCAUCGUCACAAAGAACACAAGAAGGACAAAGACCGUGAAAAAUCCAAACACAACAACAGUGAGCACAAAGAUCCUUCUGAAAAGAAACACAAGGACAAACACAAAGAUGUUGAGAAACACAGAGAAAAGGACGGCGAGAGACAUCGGGAGAAGGAUGGUGAAAAACACAGAGAAAAGGAUGGCGAGAGACAUCGGGAGAAGGAUGGCGAGAGACACCGCGAGAAAGAUGGUGAGAAACAUCGAGACAAAGAGAUCGAGAAGCACAAGGAUGGUGAGAAACAUCGAGAUGGAGAAAAGCAUAAAGAAAAACACAGAGACAAAGAUAAGGAAAAAAGGAAGGAAGAAAAAGAAAAGCUAAAAUCCUCCAUGGACAGUGGGAAGGUGAAAAAAGAAAAUGGCUUCUCUAGUCCUGUCCAUGUUAAAAAUGAACCAGAAGAUGAUGGCUACACCUUCUCUCCCAAGGAGAACAAGGCAUUGAAGAGAUCCAGAGAGGAUGAAGAUUCUGAUUACAAGCCCAAAAAAAUUAAAACCGAAGAUGGCAAAAAGGCAAAAAAACGAAAACAAGAAGAAGAGGAUGUAAAACCUAAGAAAAUGAAGAACAAAGUCAAAGGGCAGGGGGGUGACAUUAGGAAGAAAAAGUUGAAGAAAGAAGAGGAGGAGAAGUGGAAAUGGUGGGAGGAGGAACGUCAUACAGACGGUGUCAAGUGGACCUUUCUGGAACACAAAGGACCUGUGUUUGCUCCACCUUAUGAACCUCUCCCAGACAAUGUGAAAUUUUACUAUGAUGGUAAACAUGUCAAGCUCCGCCCCAGAGCCGAAGAAGUAGCCACUUUCUUUGCAAAAAUGUUGGAUCACGAAUACACUACAAAAGACGUCUUCAGGAAAAACUUCUUUAAAGACUGGAAGAAGGAAAUGACUGCUGAGGAACAAGGUCUCCUUACCAACCUGAACAAGUGUGACUUCACUCAUAUGAGCACAUACUUCAAAGCUCAGUCUGAGGCCAGGAAACAGAUGACCAAGGAGGAGAAACAGAAAAUCAAAGAGGAGAAUGAGAGGUUGCUGCAGGAAUAUGGCUUCUGUAUCAUGGACAAGCACAAAGAAAGAAUUGCCAAUUUCAGGAUAGAACCUCCAGGCUUGUUCAGAGGUCGAGGAAAUCAUCCCAAAAUGGGCAAAUUAAAGAGGAGGAUCAUGCCUGAAAACAUCAUCAUUAACUGCAGCAAAGACUCAAAGGUUCCCGCUCCUCCCCCUGGACACAAGUGGAAGGAAGUCAGACAUGACAAUAAAGUUACUUGGCUAGUUUCCUGGACUGAAAACAUCCAAGGAUCUAUCAAAUAUAUUAUGUUGAAUCCUAGUUCCCGUAUUAAGGGUGAAAAAGACUGGCAGAAAUAUGAGACCGCCCGCAGGCUGAAGUUAUGUGUUGAGAAGAUCCGCAAUUCAUACAAAGAUGACUGGAAAUCCAAGGAAAUGAAGGCCAGACAGAGAGCUGUUGCACUGUACUUUAUUGACAAGCUUGCUCUGAGAGCCGGUAACGAAAAGGAAGAAGGAGAGACGGCCGACACUGUAGGUUGCUGCUCAUUGAGAGUGGAACAUAUAAAACUUUUCCCAGAGAUAGACGGACAGGAGUUUGUGGUAGAGUUCGACUUCCCGGGUAAAGAUUCCAUCCGCUACUACAACAAGGUGCCUGUGGAGAAAAGGGUUUUCAAGAAUCUGCAACUCUUUAUGGAAAACAAACAGCCCGAGGAUGACUUGUUUGAUAGGCUCAAUACAAGCAUUUUAAACAAACACCUUCAGGACCUGAUGGAUGGACUAACAGCAAAAGUGUUCAGAACAUACAACGCCUCUAUUACUCUACAGCAGCAACUAAAGGAGCUCACCAACUCCGAUGAUAACAUCGCUGCCAAAAUCUUGUCUUACAACCGUGCCAACAGAGCUGUGGCUAUAUUGUGUAACCAUCAGCGUGCUCCUCCUAAAACAUUUGAGAAGUCCAUGCUGAACCUGCAAACCAAGAUUGAUGCCAAGAAGGAUCAGCUAGCAGAUGCACGACGAGAGCUGAAAAGCGCCAAAGCAGACUCCAAGGUCCGGCGAGUAAAAUUUUCAUUGCAGAUGGUGGAAAGCAAAAAGAAGGCUGUACAGAGGAUAGAGGAGCAGCUGAUGAAACUGGAGGUUCAAGCCACAGACAGAGAAGAAAACAAACAAAUUGCUUUAGGAACCUCGAAACUGAACUACUUGGACCCAAGAAUCUCUGUAGCUUGGUGUAAAAAAUUUGAAAUCCCCAUCGAGAAGAUCUACAACAAAACACAGCGAGAAAAGUUUGCUUGGGCUAUCGACAUGGUGGAGGACGACUACGAAUUUUAACGGGCGCGCAAGAGACGAUGUUGUGUUCUUAAUUUGUUUUUAAUUAUUAUUUUAAGCCUGGAUGUCACCUCGGAAAGGGAUUUUAUGAGAGAGCUGUGCGCCUUACCUUUUUAUUAACUUAAUUUUAUUUUAAGAUGGGAAGGGGAUAUGCAGCAGAUUAAGGGGAGGAAAAAAAAAGAGGUGAAUUAAGAGUAAAAUAUUAAUAUUACCAUCCCCUUGCUGCCUUCAGUAUUGUCCCAUGGACAAGAACUAUAUAUACAUAUGUACAAAAAUGGAUGAGCUGAAGUUGUGACUACGCUGUUUUUAUGUGUGUUUUAAGAUUGGAGGUUUUCACCAGGCAUAAAAAUCCGCUUUUCAAAAAAGUCUGUAUAAUAGUUAAAAAAAAAAAAAAAAAUAUCCUGUGUGUUUUUACAUUUAAGAUUUUUUGCGAUAACGUCUAUUUUAAUAGAAAACUAUAAAUUGUACCCUUCCCUUUCAUCUGGACAUAUCCCCUUACCCUGGUUACACUGUUCUGCUGAAAAGAGGGGGCGUGUUGUCUGGCAGCUGAGGGGGGUCACUUCGACUCCUUCCCAUUAAUAGUGAAUCUGGGCCUUGUGUUCUAAAACUGGGGACAGGAAGCCAUUUUUUUUAUUUUUCUUGCAGCAACCAAUCAGGUGAAGCUUUUUAUGUCAUCUCCAUCCAGAUGCAAUCUGGUUCCCGUAGACCGCAAACUCUUAUCCAAUCAGGUUUCAUCUGUCCUUUGCAUGUUGGGGAACUAAAA